GGCGAUCCUUCUUCCUCCAAUGCACCCAUGUCAUUUUUUGGCCUCCCGGGACACGACUUAGAAGCCGAGCGCGAAAGUAUACGCAAAGGCGGUGGCCUGUCCGAAGAUGUAGCUGUUUACACGUGGGGCGAAGAGAGUUACGAUGGGCUGGGGGACGCGUUACAGGAAGGCGGCGAUGAUUUCAACGACGAAACUUUUGGUGACAGUGGGACUGUUGGGAAGGAUUUCGAUUUCGCGGGCCAGCCAGGCGUGGGUCUACUUGAGUCGGAACGGUCUGCGCACCCUGUCGGCAACCGACUCGGACCCGAUCCGCAAUCCAAGCAUCUCCAGCCAGAAUAUCAACAAGUCCGACACACUCCGAUUUCCUUGGAGUCUAUCUGGAAUGACAGCUCACUGCACCAGUUUGCAGACCGACAAGCCUCGCCUGCUAUCCCCCGAUUCUCUCCCUUUCUCGAUUCGUCUCCCAGCUCCGGUCAGAGCCGGACGCUGCAAGAUAUCGAGGCAGACAUGAUCGCUCGUGCAUCGCAGUCACGUCAACAGGAGGUCCGUCGCCAACAACGUCUGCUCCAGGAAGAUGAGGAGCGGAUGCUGCAAGAACAAGUGUACCAGCGCCAGCGCCUUUCCAUGGAGCGUGAGCGGGAAAAUCGGGAGCUGCAGCUGCAAGCAUUGCAACGCCUCCAGCAACAGCAAAUGAUGCAGAUGCGACAGCAGGCGACCCAACAUCAUGCACAUCAGCGCACGCCGCCACCCCGGAUGAUCACCGCGUCUCAGUCGCCUCGAUUCUUGGAUCAGCGCCAGAUGUUGCUGUUACAACAACAGCAACGGGAAGAUGAGUUGAUGCAGCUGAGGUUGCAGGAGCAAUUGCAAAUCGAGGAUCUGGAGAGACAGUUGCGGGCUCAGCAGAUUUCGCAACUGAACCAAGGGCCGGCACACUUUCCUCAUCGACGGCUGCCCUCGGGCCCGUCGUUGGCUGAGAUGCAGGCAUUGCAGCAGCAGCAGCAAAUGCACCGGCGACAGCAUUCACAGUCGCCCGGCUUCCAAGAGCACAACGGUACACCGCAGCAGAUCCAGCAGCAGCGACUUUUGGCCGAGAUGGCAGCACAGGCCGAGUAUCUUAGAGAAGUCCAAGGCACUUCGCAUGCUGAUCAAGAGGUUUUGAGAGCCGAGGCUAUGCGAAAGAUUGUAGAGGCCGAGAGGAUGGAAGAUAGGAGGCGAAGGAAGGCAGCUAAAAUUGCGCAUAUGGCCCGGUAUAACGACCUCAUGACCCAGUCUGACAAGGACUUCAUCACGCGCAUCCAAGUCUCACAGCUGGUGACGCCCGAUCCCUAUGCAGACGACUUUUAUGCGCAAGUCUACAGUGCGAUCCAGCGGUCACGAAUGGGUCUUCAGUCAGGUGAUGAGCGAAUCCUCAAGUUUGGCUCCAGCGGCGGGAUUAGCCUGGGUGCUCCUCAGAAAGGACCAACGAGACGGCCCAACGCCAUGCAGAGAAUGGAGCAACAGGUCGAGAGAAUCGUUAGCGCGGCCAGGAAGAGGGAGGCGGAAAAGGGCACCAAUCCGGUGCAUAAUCUGCAAGGGGCUCUGGGAAAGACGUCUGGAAGAAGCUACAAAGCAGCUCCUCGGCAGUUGCUGCAAGUGGACGACAACGCCAGUCCGCCUGUUGACGCCCAACCCAACGAAGCGGCUGCACUGGAAACAGCGCGGAUGAAUCAAGCCCUGGGUGAUGCUGGAGUUGUGCGCCAAGACCCGCUGACCCGCCGUGAGGUGUUGACCAUACUUGAGUCCUUGUACGACUUGGUUCUCAAAGUAGAGCAUCUACGACGAGAGCAGCCAGAUCCGCAGGAGGACGAGGCUGCCCUUGUGCGGUGGCAAGUGGAAUAUGAUCAACUUGUCGAACAACUCUGGGAAGGGUUGCGAGUGAUGGUCCCUCUGGAAACUAGCAACCCGCACCCAUUCGUCUCGCUCUUGGGUCCGAGCAAAGGCAAAAAGAUUCUUCCGCGUUUGACCAGACACAUCGGACCUAGCCGCAUGCUUACCCUGAUGACUUUGCUUGUUGCGUGUUUCCAUCAACUGGAUGUGGUCAGAAGCGCCCCAUUGCUAGACUCGCUCGACGACUCACCUGAACGGGCCGAGGCUGACCGCCAAACCCAAGCAUUUUUGACCAGUGUGUUACAGAGCAUCCUUCCGAUCGUGGCCAAGUUGGAGCUGCACGUCGUCACUGCGUUGAUGGGGUUGCUGAUUGACCGCAGCCCCAAUGUCGGUGCGCUGGCUAUGACUAAGCCUGGACUCGCUCUGUUGACCUUGUUUUUGAGUCGGGUUGAGAUCAUCAAGCAGUCAUGGACGACUGGCCAAGAGGCGAUCGAGCCCAGCUCAGCUGAAGCGGCCUUGUUUGAGUGGCAAACUGUGUUUGACCAGUUUUUCGUGCUGCUGACACCGAAUCUGGCAUUGCUCUUCCCAUCGAGCCGCAUUAUUUUGCCGUCGCAGGUUGCGCCGACCGCCGCGCUUGAAAUCGACAUCAUGGACCAGCCAGUGUGGCAAUUCCUUGCCGCUUUGGCACUGCAGGCUGUGCCCGAUCAGCACUCUAUUCUCGUGACGUCUCUGCGAGAAAAGGUGCUCGAAAAUGUGCUCAGCGCCAACAAGGGCUGGGUCGCCGACGAAGACGAACGUCGCACAAAACUCGCCAACGUGAACCUUUUCCUCCACGCUCUGGGUUUGGAUAGCUCGCAGAUAAAUUUGUGAAUCUCUGUCGAUCUUAUUUUAUUCAGUCUCGUGUACAUACCGUGUGACGCGUGACGCGUCGUGUCGAGCAUUGCCCAAAAUAGACAUAGAUCAUCCUGACGUGGAACUCUGUGCGACCACAUCCUCUAGUUGGAACCCUCCAUUCUCUUUGGCCUCCGACAUCCGGUCUGUCGUGCUGGCUGGAACUUCGGACCCAUGCAAUCAUUAUUCACCUUCGUCGUAUUCUGCCUCGGCCUGUCAGGACUUUUGCAUGCCAAGUCCAGCACCGGAGACUCGGUGCUCGUCGUAGUUGAGGAAGCGAAGCAGAAGGACUACAGUAUAUUCUUCGAUAGUCUCAAAGAUCAGGGAUAUGAACUGACGUUCCGCGUUCCCAAGGAUCAGACGCCGCCCGUCUUUGAGUUCGACGUUCCUACGUUCUCUCAUAUCAUCGUGCUCUCAUCUGAAACCAAAACGUACGGCAAGGACAUCACCCCGCAGUCGCUGAUUGACCUUGCGUCGAGCGGCACGAACCUCAUCCUCACACUCUCCCAAAAGCAGACCCCUCUAGCGUCUCUCGCAGCCGAGUUCAAUCUCAUUCUCCCGCCGCCCAGCACCCCACUGGUCUCGUUCUUCCCUGAGCGCGAAGAGCCUCUGACCGUCGUCCCCGUCCCGGUUCCUGCAUCGCACAUCGUCUCCUCGAACACGCCUGUGUGGUUCUCCGGGGUCCCCCACGCUCUGGGGAACAGCCCUCAGCUCGUGCCCAUUCUCAAGGCCCCUGCCGAGAGCUUCGCUGCCGACGUAGACAGCGGCGCAGAUGCUAUCGCUGACACCGUAGAGAAGGGCGGCGAAGGCCUGUGGGCUGGAAGCCAACUUGGGCUUGUCACCGGCUUCCAGGUCGCGGGCGGCGCUCGUGUCAGCUGGGUCGGCAGUGCUGAAAUGUUCAGCAACGACUUUGCCACGAAACCUGUUACCAAGGGCGUGGAGUCUGGGAAUGCCCAGUUCCUCCGUGAACUGGUUGCCUGGACUUUCCAAGAGUCGUUGGUUUUGCGUAUCGACAGCACCAGCCAUCAUCUCGUCAACGCGUCGGAGCCGCUCGAGUUGUAUACCACCAAUGAUAACCUUGUCUACUCGGCUCAUAUCUCCCGCUUCAACCCCAAGACGUCUACUUGGGUGCCCUAUUCCGGGAUUGACGACAUGCAGCUCGAGUUCACGAUGUUGGACCCCCAUAUCCGCACCGCCUUACUGCCUGUGGCUGGUUCGCCGGGCGAGUACUCGGUCACUUUCCGCGCACCUGACCGUCACGGCGUGUUCAAGUUUGUCAUCAACUACAAGCGCAAAGGCUGGACUCAUCUGCACAGCUCGACGACGGUCUCCGUUGCACCUCCCCGACAUGAUGGGUAUCCGCGCUUCCUGUCGGCUGCAUGGCCGUACUACGCUGGGGCCAUCAGCACCAGUGUCGCCUUUUUCUUGUUCUCUGCCGGAUGGCUCGUAGGCGAAUCCCGCGAAGGGAAAAAGUCUAAAGGGACCAAGGCCCAGUAGUAGACCGGCUUG